AUGAUGCAACGCUUUGUGGUUGCAGUUUCUGAAGAUCUUUGCCUUUUCGUUUACCCCGUUGAAAAUGUCUGGUGGAAUAUAUUCUACAAUGAAGAAGAAACCCCCGCUUUAUUACCUGAGGCAUUACGCAGUUUUUUGAAGACUAGUGGUACAGACGAGUCGCGAAAUUCUUCUGUUGAGCCUAAAACAUCCCUUGAAAUCGAAGCACAAGGUCGUUUAGCAUCAUGGUUUUCUCAAGCAGACACAGAUCCUUUAACUUUCAAAGCCUCUCUAUGUCUUUGUUUGGCUAUGCUUUUUUUGCCAGUCAUCGCAACACCUUUCGGUAUGCGUAAGUAUGUACUACUACAUACACUUGGUAGUAUUUUACUCAUAGGAAGUUUUUCUUUUCUUUGGGGACCAUGGAAUUAUGUUAAAAGCUUGUUUGCUACUGAGCGUUUGCCUUUUAUAGUAAGUUAUCUGUUGAGUUUAUGUGGUGGUUUGUAUUUCGUGAUUGUUUGGCAUAGUGCUGUAUUUGCAGCGUUAGCUCUGGUUUUUCAGAUUUGUCUGAUUGUAUGGCAAAUUAUUACUACAGUACCUGGAGGUAGAACUGGUUUAAGUGCACUAUUACAGGUAGUUUGUGGACAAUAA